GCCUCGUAUGACUCUUUGUCCAUUUUGCAACAAAAAAAAAAAACAGCUGCAGUAAAAUAUUUAAUAGUCAUGGCUCCGAAUCACAGUUUCCGUUUCCCUGGGUCUUUUGGUUGUCAUACAAUAUUUCGUUUCUUCAUCCGACCAACGGGAUAGUUGGAUACGAACCCUGGAAGAUGGAGACCCUGACCGACCAGAAGGAAAGGCCGCCGGCGCAACCUUAUCCCCUGGAAACAAAAAAUGAAGCCACCGUCGCAACGACCCGGGGCCCUGCUAUCACUCCCUCAGUUGGUGAUGGCGCUCUGCAACUCCUCAAUGCAUCAACCAGCGCUGAGAAUAGCGAGCCUGGCACAGACGACCCGUCUGCUGUCAAGGAGCGAAGACUGCUCCGAAAAAUUGACUUGUAUAUUAUGCCUCUGAUUUGCAUCGUCUAUUUUCUUCAGUAUCUCGACAAGAUUGCAAUCAGCUAUGCGAGUGUGAUGGGUCUCCGCCAAUCCGCGCACCUCCACGGGAAUCAAUUCAAUUGGGUCUCGAGUAUCUUCUUUUUUGGCCAAUUGGCCUUUGAAUUUCCGACAAUACGCUUAAUGCAGGCUUUUCCACUCGCGCGAUAUGUCGCCGUCAACGUCAUCAUAUGGGGCGGUCUUCUUUCGUGCAUGGCUGCCUGCAAGUCUUUUGCUAGUUUGAUGGUGUGCCGGGCAUUGCUGGGAUGUGCGGAAGCCGCAAUCGUGCCGGCCUGGGUGGUUUUCACGUCCCAGUGGUAUAGGAAGGAAGAGCAGGCAUUCCGAGUCGGGAUUUGGUUCUCCAUGUGUGGGUUUGCCCAAAUGUUUGGCGGCUAUAUCGCCUAUGGCAUUGCGAUACACCUGGGCCGUGACCCCCAUGCGGCCCUCCGCGGCUGGCAGGUCAUAUUCUUGGUGUUGGGUCUCUUGACAGCUGUUAUCGGCAUUAUAUUCUUUUUCAUACUCCCCAAUUCACCGCUCUCCGCGGGCUUCCUCUCACCAGCCGAGAAGAGGCUGCAUGCGGAACGACUUCGAGAGAACGAGCAGGGUAUCGGCAGCAAUAUCUUCAAACGAGCCCAAGUUUACGAGGCAUUGAAGGAUCCCAAUACCUGGCUGUAUUCCUUCUGGGUUUUUGCCGCUAAUAUCCCAAACUCAAUUGCGACGAGUUUUGGCAACAUCCUUGUCACGGGAAUGGGUUAUACCUCUACUGAAAGUUUACUACUCGUGACACCUCUCGGCGCAUACGAGGUCGUCGCUCUUAUAGGUCUUACAUAUCUCAGUAUGAGGACGAACCAGCGGCUUUUGUGGUGCAUGAUCGGCCAUGUCCCUUCAUUUGUAGGUGCCAUCCUCAUGGCAACCACAAACAAAGCCCCUGCUCUUGUCGGAUACUAUCUGUCUGGUGGCAUUCCUAUCGGCUGGACGACCAUCCUUGGUUUAACAAGUACGAAUAUUGCCGGAUCGACAAAGAAGAUUACUGUCGCCUGUAUCCAAACAAUCGCGUAUACAGUCGGCAACAUUAUUUCCCCUCAAACAUUCCAGGCAAAGGAUGGGCCCAGAUAUCUGCCUGCCAAAAUCUCUAUUGUAAUCCUUUACUUCCUCAUCACAGUAGAUCUGGGGUUGAUUCGCUGGCUCGCUGUCAGAGAAAACAGGAAGCGUGACCUGCGCAAACAGGAGCUCGGUGAUGCAUAUACCGUAGAGGAAAACCACGAAUUUCUCGACUUGACAGAUCGGGAAAACCCUGAAUUUAGAUAUGUAUUAUAAAUUAUAAUGUUUGAUAGAUAGAAUUUACUAGAAUUGGGUCCGGAUAAGUUUGACUACUACAGUAGUAAUGUCACACGCGCGAGAAACCAACGACCAAAGACUACCAGUUUACAUUGCCAUCCACGGACAUCUUUGACUAGAAACAACUAGAUCUCAUUGAAAUAAAAAAGAGGCGC